AUGAACUCUUUUGUUUCUUCAUUUCACCACGUCCUUACCUCCUACGUCGCUCCCUGGACCAGCUCAUUUCUGCCAGCAAGCCUGUCGCAUCUCUACGCGCCACCACCACCCUCGCCGACGUCGACGGCCUCUCCCUCAACAACAGAGUCGACAAUGUCGCGCGACGUGGUGGAGAAUGGCGCCCCCACCACACCCUCCCAGGCGCGUCCUCACCUGCAGUCGCAGUCGGGGUCGCAGCCGGAGUCUCAGUCGCAGUCACACCCACAGUCGCAGGCCGACCGACUCGCGCUGCUGCCCGACAAGCUGCUGCUGCUCAUCUUCGACAUGCUGGCCCACGAGAACAGGCACGCCAUCUGCAACGUCUCGAUCCUGAACCGCAAGUACCAUGCACUGGCCGACCGCAUCCUCUACCGCAGCAUCCUCUUCGAGUCGCCCGAGCACCACCUCAUCUUCAGCGAGUCGCUCGACCGCCGCCCGCGCCGUGGCUCCAUGAUCGAGAACAUCAAGCUCGAGUACCCCAGCUCCGAGCUGUCGCACCUCAUCCUCGACAGCGCCCUCGACAAGCAGUCCUCCACCAGCUCAAACACCUUCCGCAAGGGUGUCGACGGCCUCUCGCGCGCCCUCGCCUCCAUGUCCAACCUCGAGACCCUCGACAUCGCCGUCCCCGUCAAGCUGCUGCACGGCAUCGGUGCCCUCUUCAACGGGCCCUUCGACCUCGCUGGCCUCAAGACCUGCUCCCUCUUCUACCAGUGCCCAGACAACGGCUACUGGGACCUGCGCGAGAACAUCCACAUCUUCACCCACCCAACCCUCGAGACCCUCGUAAUCCGCCGCGCCAGGCUGGACGAGAGGGGCUUCGACUUCAUGGAGCGCCCACACAGCACCGCCCUCAAGUCGCUGCACCUCAUCGAGUGCGACAUCAACGACGACUCGCUCGCGGACAUCAUGGAGUUCCCAGAGGGCCUGCGCGAGUUCUACCUCUACCACACGGCCGACCCGGCCCCGGAGCUGGAGGAGAGCUCCGACGAGAUCAGCGAGCACGUCAUGGCGCUGCGCGACCAGGCCGAGACCAUCGAGUCCAUCACCAUCGACCACCCCACCCUGGCCGGCCGCAAGGUCCUGCGCCUGCGCGACUUCCAGGCCGUCAAGUACCUGCGCCUCAACCGCGACACGCAGCUCUUCGGCAAGACGGGCCGCAAGCCCCGCCUGCACUCCGCCGGCCUGCCGCCGCGCCUCGAGGUCCUCGAGUUCACCGAGCCGCUCGGCGCUGACGAGACCGUCACCGAGUUGUUCGCCAUGAUGCUUCAGAACAUCGAGUUUAUGGCCCGCGAGCUGCGGGCGCUGAUCGUCGUCGAGGGGCCGGGCGGCGUGCCGGAGCAGAUCCUGGAGGCUUGCAAGGGGAAGAAAUUCGAGCUGGACAUCAGGCAGCCGGAGGGCGGGGAUGGGGAGGCGAAUGCCAGACGGCCGCCGCCGCCGCUGGAGGCACCGCCAAAGACGGCAAAAGACACGGCUAGAUCGAGACACAGAAGGACGACGCAGGACACAGCACGCGAGCCGCUCGCGAACAAGGAGAGGGUGCGAUGGAACGCCCUCAGCGAGGAGGCGUGGUCGAAGCGCGGGGACACGGAGAGGAAGCCGUUCGACCCGGCGUGA